UGUAUGUUUGUAACGUCAUAGCCGUCAUAGCUUUGUUGUCAAACAAGUGUUGUUUACAUUUAUUAAAUCGAUUCGAGUUGAUUACCCUCUUCUAAUUACAAAUGGAUCAAAAGCAAUUACUGUUAUACCAGUUAUGAGUGAUACAGACACCGACGACUUACUCCUGCUACCACCUGAUUUGUAUGUAAAUGAACAGUUUGAUGAGGUUUAUGCCCCAGUUCCAUACUACUCAGUGGUUGAUGACCUAAUAACAAAAAUCCAUAGACUUGAAGACAGAGUGGGUACAAUGGAGUGCAAUGAAUUAGAUAGUGCCCGUAGAUACAACAGCACAGAUGACUUGCUCAGGCAGAACAGUAUUAUCAACAGUGCAUACAGUACACCACAGAAGCCAAGAACCAAGUAUGGUUUACCAGAGUUAUCAUUAUCUUCCCCAAGAAAAAUGCCUGGUGAUGUGAGAAAGUCCCCAAAAUCUAAAAUAAGAUUUGAAAAUGACCAGAGUUUGAAUUUGAAGGAAGUAGACCAGAUGUUGAGGCACAUACAAGCUCAGAAGAGUGAGAAUGAGUGCAGAAUCAGGGAAAAGGAGGAUGAGUAUUACAGCAGGAUGAAUGCAAAUAGGUGCAAUGAUUCUAAUAGAAGGACCACCUCAAGUGCUUACAGCUCCCAAAAUGAUGAUGAGGAAUUUGAGUGCAAAGUUUUAAAAUCAAUUGACCCUAAAAUUGAACAGAAUUUUAAAAGAUUGACUGUUAGCAAAUUACCUAGUGAUACAUUAGGAUCUGAAGGUACCAGUAGUGAUAACACACAAAUAACUGCAAAGUGGAAUCAGAAUUAUAUGAUUCCCAAAGAGCAGCAGAAGUUACUUAGCUUGAAAGAGCUGUGGGGUGAAAAUUCUGAGAAUAAGUAUCAGAUGUUCCAAGAGAAAUUAGAGGAAGAGAAGAUCAAGAGGCAACAUUGUGAACAGAUUAUACAUGAGUUGCAAUCAAGGGCUUUGGAGUUGCAAGAGAGAUUAGCUGUUGCAGUACAAGUGGACCAAGCCAAAGAUAAGGCCAUCAUCAAGUUCCAUGAGGCUUGGGAACAUAUUGCUGAAAGGAUGGAGAGUUUAAAUAGAGAGAAAGACUCACUUGAAAGUGAUCUGAAAGAACUUCAGUUGAAGAGCCUUCAAGAUCUUGAGGAGUGUGGUAAAAAAAUAAACCACUAUGAGAAAGAGGCUUCAAAAGCCUUACAUUUGGCGCAUGGAAAUCAAGAAAAAUUUGGUGACAUACUGCAGCAGAAUAAAGAAUUUGUUGAUCAAGUACAACAGCAAGAAGUAACAAUUCAAGAAUUGCAAAGCAAACAUGAAGAGGAAUGUUCUAAAAAUAAGUUAUUAGGUGAAAUAAUUACAAGGAAAGAACUAGAAUUAAAUGAGGCUAAUAAAGUGCUGACAGGCUCAAGGCAAGAAGUGGCGCACAGUAAGAAAGCUAUAGAAUUGUGCCAAAUUGAGUUCACUAACAUGAAGACCCAAUACACGCAAUUAGAGUUACUUUUGAAUGACAAAGAGAUGCAAAUCAAAGAUUUGGAAAAUCAAAAGAGGAACUUUGCUAGUGAUAAUGAGAAUUUGAAAAUGUUAAAGAUAAAGCAUGAAAACGAAUUGAGCAAAUUGAAGGAAUCUAAUGAGAAAUGUAAAUUCGAGCUGCGGAAUUUCUACCAGGAGCAGGUGGAAAUUGUAGUUCGCGACAAGUUGAAAGAAUUCCAAAGUCAAUUGGAUAAAGCCGAGAAUUCUUUAGAAGAUGAACUCAAGAAGCGUGAGUUGUCAAUAGCUCAAACUGCUGCGUUGCACAUCAAAGAAUUAUCUGAGAAACAUAAUUUAGAGGUGAAUUUGUUGAAGGAGAAGCAUCAAGAGGAAAUUAAUUUAUAUCGCGUGAAGGUUGAUCAAUGUCAGCAGCAUAUUGAACAAAUGAAUUUGAAAGUGAAGCUACAAGAUGAACGGAAAGCUAACAUUGCGAAACAACUUCAUCAAGUGAUGGAAGCCCAAUGGCGUGAAGCGUUGAAGAUCAUCAACAACUCUAAAACGCCGACGCAGGAUAAUACGGUUGAUCAGCUUCACCUGUUGCAGAGCAGAUCUCAUAGCAAUUUGGAUGAUGUACUUUCGGAGAAAGAGGAUAAUAUUCAAGAGUUGCGGUGUGUCAACGUUAACGAAUAUCAGGAUACUCCUGUGUCUAGUAAACUGUUCAGGAGUAAGAAGCAAAUCGGAAAUGAUUUACAAAAUUAUGUAGAAAUGCUUCUCAAUAAACAAAGUAAUGGAGAAAGUUCUGGUGAGGAUAAAGGUAAUAGAUACGAGAGCGACAGUAAAUAUCAGAGCAGAAGACAUUCGAAACCUCCAUGGAAAUGACAAUGACAGCGUUUUUAUUCUGGAACAAAUUGUGAAUAUCGUUUAUCAGAUGAAAACGUGUAUCGGUAAAGGAAACAAAAAUAAGUGAUAAUC